AGAAACAAUAUUCUAUUGUUAAAUAUUUUGUUCGUGGCUACUGAAACUCGAACCUAACAUUUUAGAAAAAAACUUUAUUAGUAGAGUUACAAUUCCGGAUAAAAUUUAUGAAUGAUAACUAUUUAAAUGAUACAUUCGAUAUUGCUAAACUAGUACUCCCUCCGUAUUUUUAUAUAUAACGUUUUGCCUUUUUCACACAAAACAAUAAACACUGCAAAAUUCCUUUAGCAUCCUCAUUCAUAAUUAACUAAAGACUAGAAGAGUUGAAUAUGUUAAUAAUAUAAAGAGUAAAUAAAAUUAUUAUUAUUAUAUCUUACCUAGUUUUUUGGAAAACGUCAGAUAUAUUGGAACAAAAAAAACUUCUAAAACGUCAUCUAAAUCUAAACGGAGAAAGUAUUUAGCUCUAAAUUAUUCGACUAAAAAUGGUUCACUAUAUUAACAAUGACUCACUAUAUGACAGUUUUAUCCCAUUAGCUCUUUGUUUGACCUAAAAAAAGAUUUCAAGUUAAUUCAUUUGGGUUUUAUAAUGUAGUGUUAUUCGAUGAUUGAUUUUAAAUCUUUUAUCGAAAUCUUGUGUUAUUGGUUGUUAUAUUUAAUUUUUUUUGUUAAGAAAUUAUGAAAUCUAGUGUUAUUGGUUCUAGUAUUUACAAUCUUUUCACUAAAAUAAUUUAAAAUCUAUUGUUAUUCAAUUUAAGAUUUAAAUCCAAGAUUUUAAAUCAUGUGUUAUUCAUGUUUUAUAAAAAAAAUCAAUUCCUUUGACUUAAAAUAUUUUCAAUGGAUUUGAAUACAACUUUAUGUGUAAAAUAUUUGAGUCAAAAUGAAACAUAUCUAAAUAAAUCAUAAUCUUAGAUUGUAAAAUGAAUCAAAAAAAAAUAAAAUAGGGUAAAAUUUAAAAUCUACCCUAUUUUAAAUCUGAUAGAGUUGAUUUCAACAUAUAUAACCAAUAACACCCACUAAGCUCUUUUUAAAUGUAAUUUACAAAAAAAAAAACUUAAAUCUCUUUUUGGAAGUAUAAGGGGGUGUUAUUCAAUAGGUGGUUUAUAAUCAAUUCUCAAUUGUAAUCAAUAAAAUUUUAAAUUUAAACAUAGUUUUUAGCUAAUGAAUUCUAAAAUUUCUGGAGUGUACCUUGGAUUUUGAUUUCAAUUAUUUGUUCAUGAGAAUUCACCACAAAUUAUUUGAAAUUAAUUUUAAAUAAUUAUUUUUAAAAUAUUUUGAAGUUGAAUAACACUAGAUUUUAAAAACUGGAUUUAAAUCAUUUGUUGAAUAACACCUCAUUUUUACUAGAUUUAUAAAUACCAUAUUUAAUAACACUAUAUUUAAAAUAAAGUUUAGAAUCAUUUGACUAACGGUGAAUUUUACUUAGAUUUAAACUCUAUUAAAAUACAAGAUUGAAUAAUACCACCUAAAGGUUUUUCCUGCGACAUGUAGUAUUCUGGAAUUCAUUAUACACUCUAUUAAGUUUUCUACAUUAAGUAUUUUUUUGUCUUAUUUAGUGUUAAUUAAUGCAGUCAUUGACAAUGUAAGUCAUGGACAAAUCUGAUUGGUAGAAUGGUGGUAUAAAAAGGAAUUACAAUUCUAAAGUUGAAUAAAUGAAUUAAUAUUGAAAGUUCCAUUUACAGAAGAUUUUAUUCAGCAAAGAAUUAUUUAUAUUACAAUUUUAGUACACACACUUUUUUCAUCUCACAAAGUGUACAUAAACUAGUUUAUUUUUUAUUACUAUACCAAACUUUUAAAUUACACCAUUUAACACCCUCAAAUUAAUAAAAUUUUAGUUUUUGAUUAAAUAUUACCACUUAAUACAAAGUAUUACUAUUAACAUAGUAAAAUAUAUCAAAUCUGUAAAACUAAAUUUAUGACUAAGAGAUAAACAAAAUUUUAUUUUAGUAGGCUUUUAAAAAUUGUCAUAUAAACUAUAAUUUAUUAAAAACUAAUGUUACCUAGUUAAUAUUAUUUUUUACGGAUAAUGGUUUUAAGAAAUCCAUUUGAUAAGAAUUUAAAGGUUCUGAAAAAAUAUAAAACAAUAACAUAUUAAUAAUAAUUUAAUGAAAUUCAUAUUUUUUAUUAAACGUGAAUACUUCAAAAUGUAGCACACAUUUAAAAUUUACUAGGCCUAUAAAUUCUGAGUUUUGCUAUCUAAUAGAAGCAUAAUAGGCUUGAAAUAGUAGCAAAUCUCUUGAAUCCAACCUAAAACCUUCAUAAAGUUUUAGACUACCAUAAAUCUAUAUAUUUGGUGAAACGAUUUAUGAACAUGAAUUUUUAUAUCUUUAUAAUAUGAAAAAAAUGUGUAGGUAUUAUAUAUCAUGUGACUCACUAAGUCAUAUACCUUAUAUAUAGCCAAAUAACUAUCUGAUAUUUGAAUAUCCGACUAAUUUUUUCACAAAGUUCCUCUAGUGUGUGAGUAGUCCAUUAUCAAGGAUUAAAAAUAAAUAUGAUGUUAUGUGUGGUUUAUGGAAUAACUUAUUUUUCAAUUGGGAAAAAAGAUCAUUUAUUCUCUAAAUUUUAAAUUUAAUGGUGAACUAUAAUGAAUUUGUCGAUUUAAGUAAUAUACAUACAAAUAAUAUAUUAACAGAAUAAAAAAUGUACCAAAAUUAUAUUUUGGAAAUAUAUGAAUUUAAUUUCUUAUACAAGAUCUUAGGAUUAACUUUAGUUUUUCACAACGGAGUUCUGUUGAUAAAAAUAAUAAUGAAAAAAAAUUGUGUACAGACUAAGGGAAAGUUAGAAGAAAAAUUGGUAAAUCCAAAAAGAAGGGAGGAUGAAUGUUGUAAAAUAUCUAAUAAAUGAUUCUUCUAUUUUUGUCAUUACAUAGCAUGAACCAACUAUAAAAGGUGGUGCAAGGGGAUUGAAGCAAACCAAGAUACAUCAGCAGCUUAAGUUCUUUGUUCAUUGACUCCAUCGUUGAAUUCCUGAGAUAGUGACUUUGUUAACCAUGGAUCGCCAGGCCAAGAAUGUUCCUUUCCAGACAAGCUUCGUCCUCUCCACCCAUUGCCCGUGUCCUCCCAGUGGCCAGAACAGAGGCAGCAUGCCGCCUCCUCGCCGGAGCUCAUUGCCACCCCUUCCCCCAAAGAGACCAACAACAGCCAGACGUCAUCAGCAAGUCGGGUUGCAGAAUUUCAACCCCGGACCAAGGCUCCUCCCACCUCAGUCGCCCGUCUUCCGCUCAUGGACCCCCAUGAGUAGUCCUGCACCGUCAUCGUCGUUCCAGUACUUUCAGCCAGCGCCGCCGGUGGCUUACCACAACGCGGCGUUGCCUCCGAGGCCCCCAACCACCUCCGUCAGUGCUCGCGGAAGUGCCUACAGCGGUAACGACUCAGCUGUUUUCCCCUCUAUGGAUGCUAUGAAGAUGAUCUAUCCGGAGCCCAUAGAGAUGCCCGUUGGCGUGAACUAUUCAAAGGAAGGCCAUGGGGAACCAACCGGUUUCAUGGACCAGCAAGUCUACAUGGACCUGGAUGAGAUUUUUGAUUUUUCUACUAAGGAUGAUGACGUGGCCAGAAUCGUUAGCGGAUCUUCUGAGAAUAACGCGGGUGUAAAGAAAAGAGCAGCACCUUCGAGAAAAACGAGAAGGAAGAGUGUUUCACCAUCAGUGGAUUGCAAUAACAAUUGGAAGUCCAGCGUGGCGAUUGAAAAAGGGAUGUUUACUGAAUCUCAAAUGAAUGAGAUUGCGCGCUCAGUGACACUCCAAAAAUACGUUGUAACUGAUCCUAAGUAUGCCAAAAGGACGUUGUCAAACCGGGCAGCAGCACGACGUUCAGUCCAGAGGACGGCGCAGCACAUUUUAAAUUUGGAGGAAAAGGAACAAACUCUUGAGAAAGAGGGUGCUACACUAACUGUCCAUACCAGGUUUGCGGAGAAAACUAAAUUGGGCCUGGAAGAGGAGAACAUGAAGCUAAGGAUUCGUUAUCAAGGACUCCAGGACCAGUUCAAACGUGCUAAUGUGUUGUGUGCAGCCUCGAAGGAAUGUAACAAUGAAGAAAUCAAUUGGGUGAAGCAGAAGGGAAAAGAAGCGGUAUUCCCAGACUGGGGGGAUACGACAAUGGACGAAUUCUUGUUGGAGCAGCUGAACGAGUUAAAUGAGGAGCCGGAGACGAAAAAUUAUGGUUUCGAAUGAAGAGAUCAUCCAUAGGAAGUUGAGAGAGGGUGUAGGUUCAAGGCCUGGAUUGAAGUCAAAAUGUCUUUUUCUUUUUUUUUUUUAAGUUGUUUUCAUGAGUUGUAUGGUCAGAGUCAGGU